CUGAAGGUUGCUCUGGAUCAGCAACCCAACUUGAAAACAGAUCUUCACCCACUAUCUGCAAAUUUCGGCGAACUCUUGCAGCCAUUCUAGCUCCGGCAAACUCUUCCAGCCAUUGCAAAACUCUUCCAUCUUGCUAACCUAGUUAUGGAUCGUAGUUGGAUGAGAGCUAAUCGAUUAAGUGAUGAGUUUGACAAUGGAGUGGUUGAAUUUCUAGAAUUUGCUGAAAAGAAUCUUCCGAACAAUAAUGGACUUUUUCCAUGUCCUUGUGUUUCUUGUGGGAACCGGGACCCAAAACUUACUAAGGAUGAAAUAAGGGACCAUCUAGCUUGGAAAGGGAUUUGUCAAAAUUAUACACAAUGGAUAUGGCAUGGUGAAGUAGUAACGCCUAGUGUAUCACAAAGAGAGAAAGUAUGUGUAGAUAUGGAUGAUUGGUUGGAAGACAUGAUACAUGAUAUUGGAGAAGAAUCCUUCAAGAGAGCACAUGUGUAUGAUACUUUAUGUAAAGACAAGGAAGAACCUUUGUACCCGGGAUGCACAAACUUUACACGGUUGUCAGCUGUGUUAAGAUUGUUUAAUUUGAAGGCGAAAAAUGGAUGGAGUGAUAAAAGUUUCACUGAUUUGCUUGGAUUGUUGAAAGAAAUGCUUCCAGAAGGUAACACAAUGCCGAAUCGUCAUUAUGAAGCCAAGAAAGUAUUGUGUCCGAUGGGCAUGGAGUAUGAAAAAAUACAUGCAUGCCCUAAUGAUUGCAUCUUAUACAGGAAAGAGUUUGAAACCUAUGAUCAUUGUCCUAAGUGCAAGGCGUCGCGCUACAAAAAGAAAGAUGGUGAUUCUAGUGAUGAUGUGAGCACAAAGGGUCCUCCUGCAAAAGUGUUAUGGUACCUACCAAUAAUUUCAAGGUUCAAGAGAUUGUUAUCUAAUGCAAAUGACGCAAAGAACCUUAGAUGGCAUGCCGAAGAGAGAAAUCAUGAUGGACAAAUUCGCCAUGUAGUUGAUUCUUUGCAAUGGAAGAAAUUUGAUUUGAAGUUUCAAAAUUUUGGCGAAGAGUCAAGAAACCUUAGACUUGGACUUGCUACCGAUGGAAUGAAUCCGUAUGGUAGUCUAAGUUGUAACCAUAGUUCAUGGCCUGUUCUCUUGAUAAUUUACAACCUAUCUCCUUUGUUGUGCAUGAAGCGUAAAUAUAUGAUGUUAUCUAUGAUGAUUCCGGGCCCAAAACAACCAGGAAACGACAUUGAUGUUUAUCUAAGUCCGUUGAUUGAUGAUUUAAGAUUGUUGUGGGAGCAAGGAGUUGAUGUUCUUGAUGCGUAUUCUGGUGAACAUUUCAAUAUGCGUGCCAUGUUGUUUUGCACCAUCAACGACUUUCCGGCAUACGGUAAUUUGUCUAGUUACAGUGUUAAAGGGCAUAAAGCGUGUCCUAUAUGUGAGAAAGAUACAAGUUACCAUCAGCUUAAUCAUGGAAGGAAGACUGUUUAUCUUGGGCAUCGGAAAUUUUUAGACCGUCAUCAUCCAUAUCGUAAAAAGAAGAAAGCUUUCAAUGGAAAAUCAGAACAUGGUGUUGCUGAUAAGUGCAAUUUUUACGUGUUUUUCAUUAUCAUUAUAGACACUUAUUUGACUAGUAUGCUUGCAUUGUUGAUCAUUUUAUCCUCAAAGUAGCUUGCUUAGAAAAUAUUUAGUUUUAGCAUAAAAAUAAUGUAAAUAUUAUGCUUUUAAUAUUUAAUGUCUUAAUUUUGAUGUAGGAGUAAGAUGAUCACUUGAAGAAGGCUUGAAUCUUGAGCAAGAAAAUAAAGUGAGGAAAGUUGGCUCAAAUUUAGCUUGAGCGGACUGGAAACAGAGAUGAAAAAUAAGCAAAGGAAAGAGUUCGCUCAAAAGUUGGCUCAAGCCACCACUUUACAGUAGAUUUUCAGCAUAGUUCGCUUGAGCUAACUUGAGUUAGCUUGAGCGGACUGAAGGCGGUCUUAACUACUUCAGCAUGAAGAAAGGUUCGCUCGAGCCAACUUAGCUUGGCUUGAGCCAACUAAGGUCGGCCAGAAAUUCUAUAAAAGGCCAGACCCCGAAAUUUUCAGGAUCUCUUCCAUAUCUCUUCCAUCUCUCUUCCAUUUUUUCCUCCCUAAACAUUCAUAGGAGGCUGGGCUUCAUGGGGGAAGGGUCCCUGGGUCUAGGAUUGAAAGAUUGAAGCUCCGGAGCGUGGCGGCGACCGCCGAAGGACCGUGACAACCUCUCGGAGGCGAUGGAAAGCUUGGGAAAGCUUCUAUCGCCGUGGAUCCUUCGCCGUUCUUCUGGGUUUCAUCUUUUCUUCCUUAUCCCUUGUACUUGUUGUUUCUAUUUUUGUAUUUAGGAUGUUAUAACUUGAUGCUUUGAUUGUUGUAAACUCUUUUCAUGAA